AAUGGCACCAAACGGUGGUGGAGGAUGACGACAACAACAAUGGCGGAGCAAGAAAGAAACAUCACCAGUUUCCAUCUUUCCAUCCUUGUACUCUAUGCAUUGAUAACUUGUACAACCGCCGCAGACACCAUCGCCGCCGACCAAACCAUUAAAGGCAACGAAACCAUUCUUUCACCUCAACAGACCUUCGAACUUGGUUUCUUUAGCCCGGAAAACUCCACAAACCGGUACGUCGGAAUCUGGUACAAGAAAAUAUCUCCGGGAACCGUCAUGUGGGUGGCCAACCGGAACUCACCACUCUCCAAUAACUCCGGCGAACUGUCUCUCACUCUCCAAGGAAUCCUGGUCCUCCGUAACUCCACCGGCGACGUCAUUUGGUCGUCGGCAAAUUCGUCAUCGUCACUACCAUCGGUCAGGAACCCGGUGGCUCAGCUUUUAGAUACCGGAAACUUCAUCAUCCGGGAGGAAAAUGGUAGCCCGGAAAAUCCCAUUUGGCAAAGUUUUGAUUUUCCGUCGGACACUUUUGUUCCCGGAAUGAAGUUCGGAAAAGAUUUGGUUACAGGGUUAGAAAGGUAUUUUACUUCAUGGAAGAGUGAAAAUGAUCCUUCAAUUGGUGAUCAUUCUGUAUGGAUUGAGACAAAAGGGUACCCACAAUUGAUCGUCCGAGAUGGCCGGAAAAUCAGAUUCCGGGCAGGUCCAUGGAACGGACUCCGGUUCAGCGGCGAGCCGAAUUUGAGGCCAAAUUCGAUUUAUCGAUUCGGGUUUGUUCUUGAUCAAAGAGAAAUGUAUUACCAUUUUGAUCUUAUAAAUAGUUCAGUAGUCACAAGGGUUGUACUGAAGCCAAGUGGUAGUUUAGAACGGUUGUUAUGGAUCGAAAACCGGCGAGAAUGGUUGUUAUAUUUGACUCCACAGACCGAUAGUUGUGACCGAUACGGGCUCUGUGGACCGUUCGGGAGUUGUGAUAUUAACAACUCGCUGUCUUGUGAGUGUUUGGAGGGGUUCGAACCGGCAUCACCAGACCAAUGGAAUGUGGCGGAUUGGACUCAAGGGUGUCGGCGUUCGACCCCUUUGGAUUGUGGAUCAGGGGACGGGUUUAGGAAGUAUUCGAAUUUAAAGUUGCCGGAUACGCAGGAGUCGUGGUUUAAUCAGAGCAUGAAUCUUGACGAAUGCAAGAUGGUUUGUGAGAAGAAUUGUAAUUGUAGUGCGUAUACAACACAGAAUAUAACAGGAUCAGGAAGCGGAUGCUUGCUUUGGUUCGGUAACUUGAUUGAUAUCAGAACGUUUAUGGAAAACGGGCAGUAUCUUUAUAUAAGAAUGCCGGCAUCAGAAUUAGCAACAGGUAGAAGCUCGAGUGUAAAGAGACGAGUAGUGAUUAUUGUCCCUAUAAUAUCGGUAUUAUUAAUCAUACUACUUUCUGUGUGCGUAUUUUAUCGAAUUAAGAAGAGGAAGGCGAAGCAAGAAGGUAGUUCUAUUUUGGUCUUAUUAUAUAGUUCAGUUGGCAUUGGCUCUAUCUCAGGGACACUAAAGGGAGCCUAUGGAGAUGAUCCUGGCGACGAAAACUCAAAGGAUGAUCUAGAACUACCACUGAUUGACUUCUCUAUAUUACGUAAAGCUACCAACAACUUUUCAGACAACAAUAAGCUCGGAGAAGGUGGUUUUGGACCCGUUUACAAGGGUGUACUGGGAAACGGACAGGAAGUAGCAGUGAAGCGUCUAUCAAAGACUUCAACUCAAGGACUCGACGAAUUCAAGAAUGAAGUCAUCUGUAUUUCCAAACUUCAACACCGGAAUCUUGUAAAGCUCCUAGGCUGCUGCAUCAAAGGAGCAGAAAAAAUGUUGGUCUAUGAAUACAUGCCAAACAAAGGCCUCGACUCCUUUAUAUUCGAUGGAACUCAAAGUAAGAUACUAGAUUGGCCUACACGUUUUCACAUUAUCAAGGGGAUUGCUCGGGGACUUGUUUAUCUUCAUCAAGAUUCUCGACUGAGGAUAAUCCAUCGAGAUCUCAAAGUCAGCAACAUUUUGCUUGACCAUGAUAUGAUCCCGAAGAUAUCAGAUUUCGGGUUGGCCAGAAGCUUUGGAGGAAAUCAGAUAGAGGCAAACACAAACAGAGUGGUUGGAACAUAUGGCUACAUGGCACCGGAGUAUGCAGGUGAUGGUAUCUUUUCAAUAAAAUCAGAUGUAUUUAGCUUCGGUGUUUUGGUGUUGGAGAUUGUGAGUGGGAAGAAAAACAGAGGAUUCCUCCAUAAAGAACACAGCAACAACCUUCUCGGACAUGCAUGGGGGCUCCAUAAAGAAGGCAGAUCCUUGGAACUGGUUGCAGCAUCUCUAGAUGAAUCGAUCAGUUUAUCAGAAGCGAUACGGUUGAUCCAUGUGAGUCUGUUGUGUGUUCAACAACGUCCAGAAGAUAGGCCGACCAUGUCUUCCGUGAUUCUAAUGCUUGAGAGUGAUGGCAAAUUGCCUCCCCCUAAGCUGCCAGGUUUCUUUUACGAAAAAGCUACAACAGAUACCGGUUAUUCUUCAAGUACAUACGGAGCAAAUUCAACCAAUGAACUCACUGUUACAAUGUUGAAUGCUAGAUAGUGUAUAUAUAGGGUUGGGUUUGGAUGAGAAGGGAUCUCCAUCAUUGGAUCAAUCCUAACCGAAGAUCAACACUAAUGAGAUGCAUCCGAUUAAUUCCUGUAUCAAGCACAAUUCAUGAGGUGGGGUGAAAUUAAAAGUGAUCAAGGGUCCAGAUCU